AACCAUGUAAGCUUAUUUGAACCGAAAUCCAGGGUCUGGACUCGGACUUUUAUGCUCUUUUGCCUAAUAGUACUAUAUAAACGAACAAGAUUUACUAAGCAUGAAACGCGAGCCUGGCAAGGAUGCAGUGAAGCAGUUGAGUGAAAUAUGCAAGAAAGUAAUACACAUAACUAAACGUUCCAAUGAAUUCAGGAACUAUUCAAUACCACGUGAGUGAGUUCAGAAACAUAACAGCUGAAUUGUCGUAACAUCUUGGGGUGUUUGGAUCAUGAGUGGGAAUGAGAAUCGUGUUCUAGUCUGGAGACAUAACUGCGUCAGAAUUUGAACUAUUUCAAACAAAACAAAAUUCAACAGAGCAAAUUGUGCAUGCAAAACCGCAACUCAAAAUGUGUCACAUGUAAUAUCAAUCCGUUCAACUUUAACGUUCAAUCCUUCACGCGAUCAGGCCUUAUCGCAAACCGUCAGUCUCACACCUCCCCCCUAUAUAUUGUCAACCAUCUAUCUGAUCAAACACACCACACCACAUCUCGAAAAUGGCAAUUCAUAGCCACCACUCAAAGGUCUUUCUCGUCUUGUGCUGCAUAACUCUACUCUUCGGUGACCACAAUCAGGUUUCGGGGCAGUGCCAAGGCGACAUCCAGGGCCUGAUGCAGCAAUGUGCGCGAUACGUUCAAAAGUCCGGCCCUGAAGCCGCGCCAUCAAAAGAGUGUUGUGACGUUGUGAAGAACGUAGACCUGGCGUGCGUGUGUCAACACGUCACUGACCAGGUUGAGAAGAUCAUUAGCAUGGAAAAAGCAGUCGCAAUGGCUAAUUCGUGCGGGAAAGCAUUAGCCCAUGGAACCAAAUGCGGAAGCUACACAGUUCCAUGAAGUGUGGUAGCUGGCUCGUGCAUGUAUGAGAGAGGAACAAUGUAUGGCUUGGUGGUUGCGGAAUAAAACUGUGUAAAUUGUAAUAUAUUGGUUAUUAUUAUUAUAAUAUAAUAAUUUUAUAUGUGUA